AAAACUUAAGUUUCAAACAAACCAAAGCAACCGACGAGGAAGCAGUUCUCUCUUUCAGGAGAAAAUAAUCAUGUUGGAAAAAAGAAUCUGACAGACAGAAGCCACUAAAAGGAAUGGCCUCUGCUAACACUUCCGGGUCUGACGAGAUCUUUUCAUGUUCCAUCUGUCUGGAUGUAUUCAACAGUCCAGUUUCCACACCAUGUGGACACAACUUCUGCAGAACCUGUAUUACAAAGUUCUGGGAUGAACAAGUCAAGUACAAAUGUCCUCUUUGCAACAUGCUUUUCAACACAAGACCUGAUUUACGGAUCAAUAGCCUCUUAUCAGAGAUGGCUGCUCAGUUUCGAACAUCGGUACGAGUAAAAGAGCAGCUUUGUGUUAAACCAGGAGAAGUUCCCUGUGACGUCUGUACUGGGACCCAGCUGAAGGCUGUGAAGUCCUGCCUAGUGUGUUUCAUGUCUUUUUGCCAAACCCACCUGGAGCCACAUCAGAGAGUCACAGUCCUGAAGAAACAUCGGCUGGUCGAGCCUAUGGACCGACUGGAAGACAGGAUGUGUAACAAACACGACCGACUUCUGGAGCUCUUCUGCCAGACUGAACAGGUGUGUGUGUGUCACUUCUGCAUAGUGACAGACCACAGGUCCCAUUCUAUUGUGACUCUAAAGGAAGAACAAAACAUGAAGACGGCCCAACUGGGGAAGAUAGAGGCUGAAGUUCAGCAGAUGAUCCAGGAGAGACAAAAAAAUAUCCAGGAGAUUAAAGACACAGUUAAACGCAGCAAAGCAGACGCAGACAGAGAGAUAGCUGAUGGUGUACAGGUCCUCGCCGCUUUGAUGCGCUGCAUUGAAAAGUGCCAGGAUGAUCUCAACAAAAUGGUUAAAGAGAGACUGAAAUCCACAAAGAAACAAGCUGAAGACCUCAUCAAAGAGCUGGAGCAGGAAAUAGAAGAUCUGACCAGUAGAAGCUCAGAGGUGAAGCAGCUCUCACACACUAAAGACCACCUCCACUUCCUCCAGGCCUUCAGAUCCCUGAAGGAUCCUCCACCCACCAGGGACUGGACGACGGUGGAGGUCCGACCUCCGUCAUACGUAGGGACCUUGAGGAGAUCCCUGGAUCAGCUGGAGGAGACAUUGAACAUGGAGAUGAAGAAGCUGCGUGAUGCUGAACUUAAGAGGGUCCAGCAGUAUGAAGUAGAUGUGACUCUGGAUCCUGAUACAGCUCAUCCCUGUCUCAUCCUGUCUGAGGAUGGGAAACAAGUACAUGAUGGAGAUGAAGAGAAGGAACUCCCAGACCACCCUAAGAGAUUUACAAAGUGUAUAUUUGUCCUCACGAGGCAGAGCUUCUCCUCAGGGAGAUUUUACUUUGAGGUCCAGGUUAAAGACAAGACUGCAUGGUAUACAGGAGUGGCCAGAGAGUCCAUCGACAGAAACGGUGAGACCUUAGUGACCCCUGAGACGGGUUACUGGACUCUGUACUACGAUGAGGAUGGGUUGGUAUUUAAUGAUGACCCUGAUGUCCGUCUCCUUCUGAGAGCUGAGCUCCAGAAGGUGGGGGUGUUUGUUGAUUAUGAUGAGGGUCUGGUCUCCUUCUAUGAUGUGGACGCCAGGGUUCAUAUCUACUCUGCUACUGGCUGCUCCUUUAGUGAGCCUCUCUAUCCAUUCCUCUCUCCAUGUUUACAUGAAGAAGGUACAAACUCUGCCUCCCUGAUCAUCUCACCUGUCAAUCAAAAAGACUAGGACCUUUAUUUGAUAAUAAAAUAAUCAAACAACCAAAACAUAUAUAUAUAUACGUACCUCAUUGUUUUUUUCUCAUGUGUCUUUUAAUGGUUUACUGCUAUAAAUUGUUUUAUGGUUGCAAUUAUGUCUAACUAGUUUCAGGGAUUAAUUUGCAUCAUAAAUGAUUAAUGAAAAUAAAUGAAAAAUUAUGAAAUCAUAAAUAAAUAAAUAAUUUUCAUAAAUGAAAUCAUUACUUUACUUCUGAAUCAUGAAUGAAGACACAAUAAAAUGUAUGAUUCGGAUUU